UAUAAAGUUGUUCAGGUCUCUUGUAGAAGAUUAUAGUUCUCACUUCUCACCAUUAUACAUCUAGAAUCCUCAUUAUCUCACAAAAAAUAUAUUUCCAUUUGAGAAAUUUUUAUUGAGAAAUGGUUCCUAAGGUUCAUAAUGAUCUUGAAAUGAGUGUGGCUUGGAAUGAGAGUGGUGAAAAGAUUGAGAAUUGGAAGAGACGUAUGCAUGUUUUUGGUGAGAGGUUUAAAAGGUUUCCUUGUUUGGCUUGGAAGACUAUAUGGAAAGUGGGAUGUGAUGAUCCUAGAAGGAUGAUCCAUGCAUUCAAAGUUGGUUUAUCUCUUACUCUUGUUUCAUUGCUGUAUGUUUUGGAGCCACUCUUUAAAGGGAUUGGCCAAAAUGCUAUUUGGGCUGUCAUGACCGUCGUCGUGGUUUUCGAGUUCACCGCAGGGGCAACUUUAUGCAAGGGGCUGAAUAGAGGAUUGGGAACACUAUUAGCAGGACUAUUGGCAUUUCUUCUAGAUUAUCUUGCAAAUCGAUCCGGUCAGAUACUUCAAGCUGUUUUCAUUGCAGUUGCGGUUUUGGUAAUAGGAUCUGCAGCCACAUAUAUUAGGUUCAUUCCUUCUAUAAAGAAGAAUUAUGAUUAUGGUGUGGUUAUAUUUCUCUUAACCUUCAACUUGUUAACUGUUUCAAGUUAUCGAGUUGAUCACGUCCUCAAGCUUGCACAUGACCGCUUCUACACCAUAGCCAUAGGUUGCGCUGUUUGUCUUGUGAUGAGUCUUUUUGUCUUUCCGAAUUGGUCGGGCGAAGAUUUACAUCAUUCCACUGCUUUCAAACUCGACGGCCUAGCCAAAUCUAUAGAAGCUUGUGUCAAUGAAUAUUUCUAUGGAGAAGUUGAUUUUUCCGGUGAUGUAAAAUCAUCGGAAGAUCCAAUUUACAAAGGUUAUAAAGCUGUUUUGGAUUCAAAAUCCACAGAUGAAACAUUGGCAUUACAUGCAAGUUGGGAGCCAAGAUAUUUUAGGUACUGUCACAAAUUUCCAUCACAACAGUAUGUAAAAGUCGGCAACGUUCUUCGUCAAUUUGGAUAUACAGUAGUAGCUCUACAUGGCUGUUUGAGAACUGAAAUUCAGACACCGCAAUCUGUUCGAGUUCUAUUCAAGGACCCUUGCAUAAGACUAGCAGCAGAAGUAUCAAAAGUACUGAUAGAACUUGCCAGCAGCAUAAGAAGUCGACGCCAUUGCUCGCCAGAAAUACUCUCUGAUCAUCUUCAUGAAGCAUUAAAAGACCUCAACACCGCGAUAAAAUCACAGCCACGCCUCUUCUUAAGCUCCAAAGACAUCCAAGCCAAUAACAUGCUCGCAACCAUGGCUGCUGCACAAGCAGGAGCAGCAGAACAGAUCAUGAAGCAUGGGAAAAGCUCGUUGCCAAGUGUUAAAACAGAUUCUUCAGCCUUGUUAGAUUGGAAAACCAAAAGGGUGUCUGCUGAGCAGACUAAGGACGUAGAACAGUUACCGGAACGUAAGGUGUUGAGAAGCCAGAUGAGUAAAAUUGCUAUUACUAGUCUUGAGUUUUCUGAAGCACUGCCUUUUGCUGCUUUUGCUUCUUUGCUUGUGGAAACGGUGGCGAAACUGGAUUUGAUCAUUGAUGAAGUUGAAGAACUCGGGAGGUUGGCGUGUUUUAAAGAGUAUAGACAUGGUGAUGAGUUUUUUGAUAGUAGUGAGAAACCAAGAGUUGAUGUGUUGGAGAAUCAUUUACCAUCUCAUGGAGGAGAAUGAUUCUGAAUGGAAACAAACAAGGAAAUACAUUAUUCUUUAUUUGGUAUUUUAUAAAUGAUUUUCAUGAUGUAUAUCUUAGAUUCUGUUUUAUCAUAUCAGACUAUGUAAUAUAGUUUAGGUCUCUAAUACUUUUACACUUCCAUCUAUUCAUUUUUCUUCUUUCUAUUUGAGAUCAAGUUCAACAUUGUUUGGAACUAAUUGAGAAUGUUUGCACUUCAUUCUAACACGGUAUCAGAGUCAAACUGCCUUAUGGCUUAACCGUCGAUCCAAACCAAACAGACUAAAAAUAAUGGCAUGUGGAACUCGAAAACCUUGAGCCAAAGCAAACAAAAACAAAGUAGGCUCGAGGCAACAAAAAAAAAACUGAUUCGGCUACAAUUGCAGAUGCAGUAUUAUUGUGGAAACGUCUAAAACAUCUAUAUUACGAAUGAAAUUGUUGUUGUGGACCAUAAUUUAGAACUUCGGGCCAAAGGCCUCUUGGA